GAAACAUGCAUGAACAAAAUGUCACAUUUUGACAAGUCUCAUUCCAAUAAUCCAAAUUGUCAACUGCGGGGUAUAAAAGUUCUGAAGGUGAAAAAUUUUCCGUCCGAAAAUUAUCCGAAAAUAUGAUAGCCAAAUGCAAGGAUAUCUCUUCUAAAAUCAACGAAUUGGAGAAUAGAGUCAAUAGCAUUUCUAAGCCAAAAUUACCAACGUCUGGUAAAAAUCCAAAAAGACCGUCUACUGCACCUAUUGAUUCUAAUCAAACUAACUCCAGAGUAAAAUUGGCCCAUGAUAUGAUUAGUCAAAUGCAGCAGCAAAUUAAUGGGGACAAGAUUGCUGGUUGUUCAUCUGCUGAUGAUAUACAUGCAAGAAAUUUUGAUAACAGCCAGAUAGCGACUGAUAAACUAAUUUCCUUUCCCGAUAAUGUGAACCUUUCAUCUGAAAUUCCUGAUGGAAGUCCUCCGCUCGGAAAAGAAAAUUAUGUGGAGGACUUCAUAUACUCUUCAUCAGAAGGAUACCCUGGCUCUCCAAGGUGCGUUAAAGUGGAUGCGGAGAAAGAGAGCGAUGCAGCAGAUAUAAAAGUGAAAAAACCACAUUCUAUAAUAUCACUGAAGGAUCCACCAAAAACCGACGAGAAACCUUUUUGUGAAUGUAUGAUGAAUAACCCAUUCAACAACAAAAUCACCAAAAUCGGAGAAAUAACAGUGAUGGGCAUGGUGCAAAACUUUCCUGCUAAAUGGCCGACAGUUAAUACUAUUGAGAAACCAUUAAAUGAUGCUGAAAAGACUAUGGAUAACUUCCUUAUCGACAGCUUGAGAGGUGAAAUUGAAAAAGUGCGGCAUAGACUGUGUGAAAUUGGAAAGCGCCCUUGUGACAAUCCAAAACACGAUUCAGGAAUUGAAAGUACUGAUAUCACAGACGCUCCAUCGGGUGAUCAUGAAAAUAGGUCUCAACUCGUUAAGGAAGUCAGAGAUCUUCAGAUACGAAAUGCCGAACUUUCCGAACAACUGAAUAAUUAUAGAAGUUUGCAGGAAAAUUCUAUGAAUAAAGCUAAAGAUACCGCAUAUCUACUUAGCGCUUAUGAGGAUAAAGUCAAUGCUCUACAUGAACAGGCUUUGCGAUCAUCUAAAAUAAUGGCGCAAAGCAAGGAGAAAUUCUGUAGUAUCUUAAGAAGUAGAAAUUCGCAGAUAAAGAAUUUAUUUCAUAUCAAUCAACAGUUGAAAAAAACUCUUGUGAUCAAUCAAGAACAAAUGAACCAAUUGAGUUUCAAUUACAAGUUGUUGAAAUCUACUUAUAGGGAAUUAGAAAGGAGCGACAAGAAAAAUAAGGAGGAAAAUAAGAAAUACAAAGAUACCAUGUCGAAACUGGAAGAAGAACUGAAGUUUGUUUAUAAAGAAUGUAGUUUACUGAAGGAGGAAAAUGUGAGGUUUUUGAAGGAAUUGUGUUGUGCGAAAGACGAUAUCAAUAGAAGAUACUCAUCUCGAUUGGACAAACAUGAGAACCAUUGUCAGAGUCUCAUUUUGAAAACCGUUGAAAGUGAAGCGAAGCUAAUUCAAGAGGUCAACGAUAUUUCUCUGCAUUUGCACAGCCAAGAAAAUGAUCUUGUGAGUCUCAGAUCAGAAGUUAAGAAUGAGACAUUAGAACUAGAAUUGAAGUACAAAAAGCUUUCAUAUCAGUACGAAGCACUUGUGAGAAAGUUUCGAGAGUAUGAACAGUUCGACGAGAUCAAGUGCAGUUGCAUAGAGCAAGAACUUAGAGAAUUUUCGUUGAAAAUGAAGGAAAAAGAGAGUAUCAUUUUGAGAGAGAGAGAUGAGCUAAGAUCACUAGUGGAAGAACUAGCGAAGGCUAUAAAGCGGAACAAAACAGCAAUUAACGAACUUAAUUCAACAAACGAACAACACGAAAACGUCAUAGACAAUUUGAAUGAAAUCAUUAAAAUGAAGGAUGAAAAACUAUUAAGUUAUCAGAAAGAACUUGACCUAAUACGAAGUCAGUACGAAGAAUCCCAAAAAGAAAUAGAUGCUCUCAAGAAGGUACUGAAUGUUAUAGAAGAGAAGAGUUUGCCGGAACAUGAAGAACUAGAGAAAGAACUACAAGAUUUAAGAGAAUUACUGAAUCAAGAAAAAGAGAAUAACUUGAUCAAACAAAAAAUUAUUCAAGAUCACGAAGACACAAUAAGUAGCCUGAAGGAACAAAUAAAUGAGAAAUCAAUGGAGGUUGCAAAUAAAGUUGAGAGUCUUUGCAGAAUGAGAGAUGAUGUAGACCGGCUGACGGAAGAGUUAAAAUACAAGGAAUUAGAUUUAGAGAAAGAGAAACAGGAAAAGUUGAUUAUCAUGGGCGAAUUAGAGAGUAUCAACGCCUACAAAGAGACUCUCGUCGAGCAAAUUUCGGAUUUGGAAAAUGCAGUAAAAAGUCGUUGCAGGAAUGAAGAAAUCAACGGAAUGGAUCAAAAAACUACGAUAAACAAAUUAGAAAAACAGAUUAUUGAACAGAAAGAGGAGUGGGACUUACAGAAAAAAAACUUGCAGAAAGACAAAGAAAAAGCUCUUCAUGCUGCAAAGUUCGCAUCUCAGAAACUUCUCGAUACUGUCAGUGAUUUUCAAAAACAGAUGUGCCAGCAAAAAACAGCGCAAACUAAAUUGUCUCUGCUACUUCAGGAGAAAGAACAACAGUUGGAAACUUUGACGAUGAAAGUUAGGUCGCUUGUACCCCUACAAAAUGGAAAUGAUAGUGGAAUGCUGAGCAACACUUCUCAUCAACAGAACAUUUGCACCAGCUUCUGCCAGAUAAAACAAAUAUAUCCGAGGCCAGAACAAAUAUAUCAAUCGAAAGAAUCGAUCGAGGAAGAAGAAUCCAGAACCUUUUUAGAUGAAUCAAAUUCAUAUUCGGCGUGUUGUGAUUAUUCUGAUACUUAAUGUUAUGUUUCCAGUACAAAUAAUUUCGACAACAAUAAAAACUUCAAUAUUG